CUCCGGCUGGGCAGAGCGUGCCUCCGGCCCGCCGCAGGCCCCGAGAGCCACCAUGGUGCCACAGCGCCCGCAGCCCCGGGGACCGCUGCCGCAGCACAAGCCGCCGGGGCCGAACGGGGGCCGAGGCUGGGGCCUUCGGGUAGUGGGCCCGUGAACGCCAGCAGUCUCCGCGCCCGACUCCUCCUCCUGCCUUCCCGGGCGCGGGCGGCGACCGCCGGACGAUGAACGCCCCCGGCCGCCCCAGAGGCUGAGCCCGCCGCACGGCGCCCCGGCCUCGCCCUCACUGUCGCUCCCCAUGGCCUUGCCGGGUGCCGAGGGCACGGCUGACAGGCCGGGGUCCCCGGGCUGCGGCGCGCCCGCCGGCUCCGCGUCGUCGUCGUCCGUCUCCUCGGGCGGCUCGGCCUCUGCUGCGGCCUCGGCCGGAGCGGGGCUGUGGGCCGCGCUGUACGACUACGAGGCGCGCGGCGAGGACGAGCUGAGCCUGCGACGCGGCCAGCUGGUGGAGGUGCUGUCCCAGGAUGCCGCCGUGUCGGGUGACGAGGGAUGGUGGGCAGGCCAGGUGCAGCGGCGCCUCGGCAUCUUCCCCGCCAACUACGUGGCACCGUGCUGCCCAGCCGCCUGCCCUGGGCCGCCUCCCGGCCGCCCGCCGCCGCGGCCCGGCUCGCCAGUGCACGUCGACUUCGAGCGGCUGGAGCUAAAGGAGUUGAUCGGCGCCGGCGGCUUCGGGCAGGUGUACCGUGCCACCUGGCAGGGCCAGGAGGUAGCGGUGAAGGCGGCGCGCCGGGACCUGGAGCAGGACGCGGCGGCUGCGGCCGAGAGCGUGCGGCGGGAGGCGCGGCUCUUCGCCAUGCUGCGGCACCCCAACAUCAUCGAGCUGCGCGGCGUGUGCCUGCGGCAGCCGCACCUCUGCCUGGUGCUUGAGUUCGCCCGCGGCGGAGCGCUUAACCGCGCGCUGGCCGCCGCCAACGCCACGCUGGACCCGCGCGCGCCAGGCUCGCGCCGCGUGCGCCGCAUCCCCCCGCACGUGCUGGUCAACUGGGCGGUGCAGAUUGCGCGGGGCAUGCUCUACCUGCACGAGGAGGCCGUCGUGCCCAUCCUGCACCGGGACCUCAAGUCCAGCAACAUUUUGCUACUCGAGAAGCUAGAGUAUGAUGACAUCUACAAUAAGACACUGAAGAUUACAGAUUUUGGGUUAGCAAGGGAAUGGCACAGGACAACCAAAAUGAGUGCAGCAGGCACCUACGCCUGGAUGGCCCCAGAAGUUAUCAAGUCUUCCUUGUUUUCUAAGGGAAGUGACAUCUGGAGCUACGGAGUGCUGCUGUGGGAACUGCUCACAGGAGAAGUCCCCUACCGUGGCAUUGAUGGUCUUGCUGUGGCUUAUGGAGUAGCAGUCAACAAGCUCACUCUGCCCAUUCCAUCCACCUGCCCUGAGCCAUUUGCCAAGCUCAUGAAAGAAUGCUGGCAACAAGACCCUCAUAUUCGUCCAUCAUUUUCCUUAAUUCUUGAACAACUGACUGCUAUCGAAGGGGCAGGUAUGACUGAAAUGCCUCGGGAGUCUUUUCAUUCCAUGCAAGAUGACUGGAAGCUGGAAAUUCAACAAAUGUUUGAUGACCUGAGAACAAAGGAAAAGGAGCUGCGGUCCCGUGAAGAGGAGCUAACCCGAGCAGCCCUCCAGCAGAAGUCCCAGGAGGAACUGCUCAAGCGACGUGAGCAGCAGCUUGCAGAACGUGAGAUUGACGUGCUUGAGCGGGAGCUUAACAUUUUGAUAUUCCAGUUAAAUCAGGAGAAACCUAACGUAAAGAAGAGGAAGGGGAAGUUUAAGCGAAGUCGGUUGAAGGUCAAAGAUGGACAUCGAAUCAGUUUACCUUCAGAUUUCCAGCACAAAAUAACUGUGCAGGCUUCUCCCAACUUGGACAAACGGAGGAGUUUGAACAGCAGCAGUGCCAGUCCACCCAGUAGCCCCACUGUGAUUCCAAGACUCCGAGCUAUACAGUUGACUUCAGAUGGAAGCAAUAAAACUUGGGGAAGGAGCACAGUCUGUCGGCAAGAAGAAUUUGAAGAUGUAAAAAGGAAUUUCAGGAAAAAGGGUUGUACCUGGGGACCAAAUUCAGUUCAAAUGAAAGAAAGAACUGAUUGCAGAGAAAGAGUAAGACCUCUCUCAGAUGGCAACAGUCCUUGGUCAACUCUCUUAAUAAAAAAUCAGAAAAACAUGCCAUUGGCUUCAUUAUUUGUGGACCAGCCAGGUGCUUGUGAAGAAUCAAAACUUCCUCUGGAUGGAUUAGAACACAGAAAACCAAAGCAAAUGAUAUUACCUAGUCAGGCCCACGUGGAUCUGCCACUCUGGAGAGAGGGCCCAAGGGAGAGUCCAAUGGAGUCUGAAGGCUGGGCGGACAGGUCCUGGGGGAGCCCUGCCACGGGCGCCACUUGGGGGACCCCCACAGGUAGUCUGAGCAGAUCGCCCCAGAGGAAGAAAACUGAGGCUGUGCUGUUUGGCUGUACUGCGCUGCUGGCGUCGGUGGCACUUGGCCUGGACAUCCGAGAACUGAGCAGGGCACCGGCUGCCGACGAACUGUCGCCCAGGGAGGACCGGAAGAAAUGCGAGGCCAUUUUCCUGCGUGCUGCCAAGUCCCACAGCAGCACCAGCCCUGCCGCCAGGCCCACUGUGGGCGAUGGGCUGGGCAGCCCCACCAUGUUCCCGCUGGGUGCCCCGAGCCCCCUGAACGCACUGUCCCUCUCUGCCAAGGCUGGUCCACCUAUGGUCUCAGCCACUGGAGCCUCUGAUGUGCUGCCUGAGCAGAUUUGGGGGAUUCCCCACUCCCCACCUGGUCCUCACAGUCACCUGCCAAGUGAGGUCCUGCCUGAGGCCCAAAGAGCUGUGCUCCUGCCCCAGCCUCCUGCCCUGAGAAGCCAUGUAGAGCCACCACAGAGAACAGAGUCUCAACCCACAGAGGCCAGCCCCAUAGUGUAUGGCCUGGGGCCCACGCCUUCCUGUUCCCUCUGUGACAUGGAGAGAACUAAACCCCAUGUGCCUUUCUUACUGGAUGCUGAUGUGGCAGGCCAGAGCCGGGACUGCACGCUGCCUUUGUGCAGGAUAAAGAGCAAAGCCGGAGGACCAUCUAUACAUGAAGUGGGGAGAAAAUUUAUGUCCUAAGUGCCUUCUGCUGUUGAAGCAGUUUUGUUUUUUUUAAGAUGAACAAAGUAAAAUAAUGUGUCUGUCUUUGAAUUGGUUCAUGCUGCUGUGUUUUCAAAAGCUGUGGCCAUGUUGCUAAAAUAGUAAUGGAUGUCUAGCCUCAAGAAAUGUGUGGGAUUGCCGUUAGCUGCCUAUAGUUUUUCCCACUGGAUUCCUACCUAAUACCUUGAAGUACAUACAAGUGUAAAACCAGAAAUCUAUAGCAAUGUACAACUGGGCUGGGUGGAGUCAUCUUAAGCACAGUGCCGACGCUCUGUAUGCUCUCACGUCACCCUUGUCGGCCACACACCUGGACCGUGACGAGCUCCCUACCCCUGUCCUUUGUCUCCUUCCUUCUUCGUUUCUUUCUGUUAUUUAUGUGACUAAAAGCCAGGAAUGAUGUGGUGAUAUCAGGAAGUAAAGGUACCUAUUUAAAAGAAGAAAAUUGAUGACUAGAAUAGAUGUGAAUUCUAUUUUGACUACCUAAACUUGGCAAGAGGCUUAUAAUGAAUAAAUAUGCCAGUUCUCACCUAAAUUAUGCAAUAUUUCUCUCUUUGAGGAAAUUUUACUGAAUGUAACUUAUAAAAGUUUUACUGAAUGUAAGUUGCAAAAAUUUUAUCCAGUGGAGCUCCAAAAUAGAUUUUAAAAAUAUAAUUGUUGUUUGCCAAGACCAUGUUGUAAACACUGAGAUGCCAAUCUGGAGGUUCUUCCUGUUGAAGGGCUCUUUCAUCAGUGGCCAUUUAUUUGGAAUCCAGAAGUAGCAGAGUUUCAUUUUAUAGAAAUCUUCAUUCUGUAGAUUUAUCAUUCUGUAGGAGAAUGCUUAACAAGUGACACAUCUAUCUUGUAUUGUAAACAUGUCACCUAAUAAUCCCAAAUAUGGUAAGAGAGAAACACUGCUAAGUCAAGACACAGCAGCACUAUUUGAAUUGAAGUAUUUUCUGGUUAUUUCACAUUUCAGUUAAUUGUGGACAAAUGUUAAACAUCUGGAGAUAAGCUGAUAUGGUGGGAAGGACAAAAUAUUAUAAAUUAUUUUCAGGUAUGUGUUUAUAAAAUGGAUUGUUGGAUAGCAGAUCAAGACUUUAAAUUAUUUUAAAAUUAUUUUGAGUCACUUUCAUAAAUCAUACAUAUAUAAUACAAACAGACUACUGAAUUCUUAAACCACCCAGGAACUUGGUAAAUUUACCUGGGUUUCUAUUAAAUGUAUUAUGCUUCCCGCUGUCACUAGAAUAGUUAUUCAAAUGACAGAAUAAGUAUUUUAAAAUUUGCAAACAGUGAAUAAACUGCAAACAUUACUUGAGAUUUCAUUUAAAGUUUUACCUUGGUUAAGGUUUUCUAUGUAAUUGAAAUGUCAGCAAUUCAAAUUAAAUUAGGUAUGAUAAAAUAUCUAGAGUUAAAGAAAGGAAAAUUAUAUUAUUUGGCCAUUUUGGAACAUCUUAGUCACCCGGCAUCAAUAGUGAAUGGCAUGAGAGGAUUUUAUUAACAUAAGCACCUUUUGCCGUAAUGAUAACCAUCUUGUGUUUUUAGUUUCUUGCAGCAAAAUCUCAGGCACUUAACUACAUUUUGUUAUAUUAUUGUCCAUUCUAUGAUUUGACUUUAAUUUGGGGUGGUUGUUUAGUUAUGUAAUUUAGAUUUGGUUUCCUCAAAAUGUUACUGCAUUUGAAACUAUGGUUGGUUCCUUUGGAUUCAGUCAUUUGGGGGCAUGUAACUUCUGACAAAAAGUAAAGGAAACACAUACCUAAAAUAAUUCAUGAAUGAAGCACAAAAACUAUGUUCUCCAUUUUGCUUCUACCAAAAUUGUGUGUGUGUGUCUGUUUCUGUGAGGGGUUGGAGGUAGUUGUAGGUGUUCAUCUGUCUUGCCCUCUACUUUGUCCCUACUCCACUUCAGCUUUAUUUUAGCCAGCUGUAUCUUAUGAUGAAUUUUGAGAUGAAACUUCUUAAUAAAAGCUAAUUCUGAUACAAGGAUUCAUCUCAGCUAUUAUUGCAGAUAGUUUAUUUUUUGGUGGGAUCUGUUGUACAUUUGCAAUUUUCUGUAUAUGAGUGUACUUAGCAGCAUCUAGUUAUUUAUUUUCAUUUAUACUUAAUUAGCUCACUGAAAGAUAAAUUAAACUGAUUACUAUUAGUCAACAAUUAAGGUGCUCCCACUGCAGAGAUUUAAAGCCUGAGCCUGACAUGCUAUAUUAUACCUUGUGACUGAAAAUGUUUACAUAUGUUGUCUGUUUUUUUAAUAAACUUUUUUUUAUA